UUUUUUGUUUUCGGUUCGAGUUUUUUUCUUAGCUUCUUGUAAUUUGUGUUUGUCUUAUUUACUACAUGUUCCUAUUCAUUACUGGUUAUUUCCAACAUUGGGUGAAGGAAACUGAUUAAUUAAAAAUAUAUACCUACAUAUGUACACUUUACCUCAAACGUUGAAAGUGUUUACAUAUGUAUACACAUAUAUGUUUAUGCGUCAAAAUACUCGUGAAUCGAAAUUGCACUUCAGAUGUUUUAAAGCCAAGUCCGUACGCAUAUGCGCCAUAUAAUACCUGACACAUUUUGUUCAUAUGUGUAUAAGUAUGUACCUAUAUCAGUAUCCCACCCAAAAAUGUUUAAAAAAAACACAUUUCGGUUAAAUAAUUUAUUUAAAGCAUUGCUAGUGAUUCAGUUAUUAAAUCAAUUGAUUAAUAAAAGUGAAAGAAGUUACCAAUACCAGUAAACGUAUAAAUAGUUCAUUCAUAAUAUAAAAAUUAAGGGAAAUCAAAUGUGUUCGAAUGUGUGUCUAAAUAUAAGAAAAAUAAUAGCAUUGACAAGUUAAUUCCUGAUAUUAAUACACUUACAUAUGUAAAGCCAGUUCCUUAUCCUAAAAUAUUUAACAUUUUUACUGAAGAAUAAAAAAGGUGUUUGUGCUAAUGAUGAAAAGUGGUUAUCAGAGGAAACUUAGCGCCUCGUAAUUUGUUAAAUAUUGAUGAGUUGUAUAGGGCGUCCAUAGUGCUUUCGCAAAUUCACCGGGGAGUCCGUAGUUCUUUCGUGUAGAACUGCUUUGUGGAAUAUGAAAUAAUAUUGAGGAGAUUUGUUCUAUUUGUUUUUUAUUGUCUAAACAAACAGCUACUAAACGCACACUAUUGACACAUGAAGAGCAAACUUCACAUGAACAUAGAGAAAGGUGGUAUAGGUUCGGUUUGCCUUCGAUUUAAAUGAGCCGGUCCAGUCACAUUUGUUUUUGAGAGUACAUAUGUGUAUGGACAUAGUAUUUAGAAUUACAAAUUUACGUAUUAAAUAAGAUAAUUUAUUCGGGUUUGAAAAUCCUUCCUGCGCGUUUGAUAAUCAUAUUUUUGUUUGGUAAAUUGUUUUCUCUCUGUCACGAGAAAAUAUUUCGAAAAUGGCAUUACAACAUCGAGAAGUUGGAGUCAGGGAUUUCGUGCUCCUUGACCAAAUAACAAUGGAUAAAUUUAUGAACAACCUAAAAAUAAGGUUUCAAAAUGGUCAUAUAUAUACCUACAUCGGUGAAGUUUGUGUAUCCAUGAACCCAUAUCGGCAAAUGAACACAUAUGGCCCUGAUGUAAUAAAUAUAUAUAAAGGUCGAGAGUUAUUCGAGAAUCCUCCCCACCUUUAUGCUGUCGCUGACGCUGCAUAUAAGAUUUUAAAGCAACGGCAUCAAGAUACUUGUAUCCUCAUAUCCGGAGAAUCUGGUGCUGGUAAAACUGAAGCGUCAAAAAUUAUUAUGAAAUAUAUUGCAGCCGUUACUAACAUACAUGGGCAAAACGAAAUUGAAAGAGUGAAGAAUGUGAUAUUGCAAAGUAAUUCAAUCCUUGAAACAUUUGGAAAUGCAAAAACAAAUCGGAAUGAUAAUUCCAGCCGAUUUGGAAAAUAUAUGGAUAUUGAAUUUGACCAUAAAGGAGACCCUGUGGGGGGCAUAAUUACUAAUUAUUUGCUAGAAAAGUCUCGGGUGGUGCAACAACAACCGGGAGAACGCAAUUUUCAUAGUUUCUAUCAGCUCUUGCGUGGUGCAAGCGAUAGCGAAUUGCAACAAUAUAAUUUAUCAAAAGAUCCUAACAGAUAUCAUUAUAUGAAUCAAGGCAGUAUGGACAUACUUUCUGAAAAAGUAGAUUAUAAAAGCACAAAUAAUGCUUUUAAAAUACUGGGUUUUUCUACUGAAGAACUGCAAACUAUAUGGCAGAUUUUGGCAGCUAUUCUACAUUUGGGAAAUAUUGAGUUUCAAUCAAUCGAAGAUGAUCUAGUUAUAAGCAACAAAUCGCAUUUACAAUUUGCUUCCAAGUUAUUGCAAGUAACAGAAAAUGAGCUUUCCAAUUCGUUGACAACACGAAUUAUUGCAGCUGGUGGUAAUGUUAUGCAAAAGGAACAUGAUGCCACGCAAGCUGAAUAUGGAAAGGAUGCUUUGGCUAAAGCAAUAUACGACCGUUUAUUCUCUUGGAUUAUUUCCCGGAUAAAUCGUGCAAUCCUCUAUCGCGGCUCGAAAACUCAAGCACGUUUCAAUUCAGUUAUUGGAGUUUUAGACAUUUACGGAUUCGAAAUUUUUGACAACAAUAGUUUUGAGCAGUUUUGUAUAAAUUAUUGCAAUGAAAAAUUACAACAAUUGUUUAUUGAGCUGGUUCUUAAACAGGAGCAGGAGGAAUACCAAAGAGAAGGUGUAGAAUGGACGAAAAUUGAAUACUUUAAUAACGAAAUAAUAUGCGAACUCAUUGAACAACCACAUAAAGGUAUGAUAGCUAUAAUGGAUGAGGCUUGUCUGUCAGUGGGUAAAAUCAACGACGAAACACUGUUAGGUGCAAUGGAUAAAAAUCUUAGCACCAAUCCUCAUUUCAGCAGUCGACAAUUGAAACCAAUGGAUAAGGAACUCAAACAUCGGGAAGAUUUUCGAAUAACACACUAUGCGGGUGAUGUCAUUUAUAAUAUCAAUGGAUUCAUCGAAAAGAACAAAGAUACAUUGUAUCAGGAUUUCAAGCGACUAUUGCAUCACUCCAAAAAUGUUAACUUGAGCGGAAUGUGGCCCGAAGGGGCCCAGGAUAUAAAAAAAACAACGAAACGCCCCCUAACAGCCGGGACGCUUUUCCAACGAUCCAUAAUAGAUCUUGUGAAAACUCUUUUGAAAAAAGAACCAUUUUACGUUCGUUGUAUUAAACCUAAUGACAUAAAGAGCCCCACCGUGUUCGACGACGAACGUGUACAGCACCAAGUUCGCUAUUUAGGAUUGCUAGAGAAUGUGCGAGUUCGACGAGCUGGUUUUGUGCAUCGUCAACGGUACGAUAAGUUCUUAUUGCGCUACAAAAUGAUUUCUCAAUAUACAUGGCCGAAUUUCCGUGCCGGUACCGACCGUGAUGGUGUGAGAGUUUUGCUUGAGGAAAAAGGUUUCGGAAGCGACGUAAAAUAUGGACAUACAAAAGUCUUCAUACGCUCACCUAAAACAUUAUUCGCUCUUGAGCAGCAGCGAAAUGAAAUGAUUCCGCAUAUUGUUACUUUGUUACAAAAGCAAGUGCGCGGGUGGAUUGCACGUCGGAAUUACAAGAAAAUGAAGGCUGCACUUGCUAUAAUGCGUGCAUAUAAAACAUACAAAUUACGAUUUUACGUACAAGACCUAGCUCAACGCUUUCGUAAUGCCAAAAAUUUUAGAGACUAUGGUCGGAGUAUCCAAUGGCCACAACCUCCAUUAGCUGGACGAAAUGCAGAACCUCAACUCCAACGCAUUUUUAACUAUUGGAGGGCUUUUAUGAUCCUUCGUAAAUAUCCACGAAGUGAAUGGCCGCAAUUGCAAUUACAAAUAAUUGCUGCAGCUGCUAUAAAAGGUCGUCGAUUACAUUGGGGACAGCAACGCAAAUGGAUUGGUGAUUAUUUAGCCAACUCGCAGGAUAAUACGGGUUAUCAAGCCUAUACCACCAACGUUAGAAACUUAAAGAAUAGUGAAUUAUUUAAUAAUAUACUAUUUUCGUCAUUCGUUAAAAAAUACAACAAACAUAAUAAAACUGCUGAUCGUGCCUUUAUUGUAACAGAUUCGACAAUCUAUAAACUGGAUGGUGCUAAACAUAAAUUUAAAAAUAUGAAUCAUUCUUUAUCCAUUAAAGAUUUAACAUCCAUCAGUAUUAGCCCUGGACGCGACCAACUUAUUGUUUUCCACUCUUCCGACAACAAUGAUUUAGUUUUUGCUCUGAAAAGUGAAAUCUCUCAGUUAAGAGAUGAUCAUAUUGGUGAGCUUGUGGGUGUAAUAUGUAAAAAAUAUAUGGACAUUUGUCAGCGAGAACUGCGUGUGGAUGUUAGCCCUACAAUUGCCUGCCGUUUGGGUGGAAAAUCACGAGCAAUUACAGUAAAGGGUGAACCAGGAGUUGAAAAUCCAAAUUUCCGACAUGUAGCGGGUAAUAUUAUUUUUGAAGUUCCACCAUCUUAUUGCGUUUAGGAAGUUCUUGAUUUGAGGUGUGUCUAUGUAUAUGCGAUUUAAAGUUAAAACACUUUUUUAUGUGAUGCAUUUUUUACAUACAUGUGUACAUGACUAGCUUUAUAUUUAAUAUUUAUUAUUUUAAAGUAAACAUGACUAAUUAAAACUAUACUUUAUACAAUACGGAA